ACUGUGUCCAAGGCCAGAGAGGUUACCAGAACAUUCUUUCAUUUUGCUUCUCAUAGUUUUGCAUUUGUGUUGCAGAAAUGUCCACCGCAGAUGCUGAAGAGGUUGCCAAGACAGACAAGGGUGUCACCCAUGAAUCCAGCGUACUUGUGAAGACCAAGUAUAAACAGGAGGAAAAGAAUGAAAUUUCCAGCAGCCACUAUUCUCUGAUGCCAGAGACGUUGGAGACCCGGCAUGCUAAAGAUGUCCGUCAGCUUCAUAGUGAUGUAAAGUACAAGGAAGCAGGGAAAAAGGGUACAACCACCUCUCUCUACUCUCUACUACCUGAGACUCUUGAGACUCAGCACGCCAAAGAAAUGUCCAUGCUUCAAAGUGACAUCAAGUAUAAAGAGAACGGGAAGAAGAUUCUUUCCUCUAGUAUCUACUCUCAGCUGCCAGAGACCACUGAGACUCAGUUUGUUAAAGCAGUAUCUGAACUACAGAGUAAGGCAAAGUACAAGCAGUCUGGGAAAAAGGCACUAUCUUCGGCUUCCUACUUUCUUUUACGAGAAACACGAGAGACACAGCAUGCUAAAGAAGUGUCUCAGCUUCUGAGCGAGAAUAAAUACAAGGAGAAAAGCGAGGCAGGGAUGUCAAACUGCCUGUACUCUCUGCUACCAGAAACUACAGAAACUCAGUUUGCCAAAACUAUGUCUGAACUACUAAGUGAGACCAAGUACAAGCAGAAAGGUAAGGAGGAGCUUUCCACUAGCAGCUUCUCCUAUCUGCAACAAACACGUGAGACGCAAUUUGCCAAAGAGAUGGCCAAACUGCAGAGUGAGAAUAAGUACAAAAGAGAAACUCAGCUGGAACAGUCUAACUGCCUCUACGCUCAGCUGGCCAAGACACUUCAGACUCAGUUUGCUAAAGAGUUGGCAUCUGCACUGAGUGAGUACACAUAUAAACAGGAAGGGAAAAAGGAGCUUGCCAACUGCCUCUAUGCUCUCCUGCCUAAAACCAGAGAAACACAGCAUGCCAAGAAGCUUUCUCAGCUCUACAGCAAGAAAAGCUAUGAAGAAAGAGAGAAGGAAGAUGCGAAAGCAUGUCUUUAUGCCAAGAUGCCACAGACUGUUGAGACAGUGUUUGCUGAGGAAGUGACCAAAAAUCAGAGCAACAAACUAUACAAGGGAAACUACAGUGCAGAGAAAGGGAAAUCUAUCUACGCUUACAUGAAAACACUGCCAGAGGUGGACCACGCCAUGGAGGUCAACAGGCAGCAGAGCAGUGUGACCUAUAGAAAGAAUCAAGAGCUGCACAAGUUCCAUGAGGUGGCGGAUAGACCAGACAUCCUGUGUGCUAUAAAGGCUACAAAACUAGCUAGCACUAUAUACUACAAGCAGAAGUUCGCAAAAGCCCAGAAGCCACAAUACAAUCCAAGAGACUGUGUGUCAUUUAAACAUUCACAAGCUGCCUCAGCGAUUGUGAGUCAGGUUAAGUACAAAAGCAGUCAGAAACAGAUCCACAAACCUGCUACUGCUUUGCCUAAUCUACUCCAUCUGGCCCAUAAUUUGCAUGUCAGCAGAAUUCAGAGCAAUGUGCAGUACCGGAAGAAGUAUGAACAGGUUAAAGGACAUUAUCACUUCACCCUGGACACAGCAGAACAGAUCCACCAUAAAGAAAAUACAGUUCUGCACAGUCAGGUCAAGUAUAAACAUGAGUAUGAGAAGAACAAAGGUAAACUGAAGAUGGAGUUUGUUGAUACACAGUUCUACAGAGUGUCCAAGGAGGCUCAGAAAAUGCAGAGCGAGAAGAACUACAGAAAGGAUCUGGAGCUGGAGGUAAAGGGAAAAGGCCUGACUAGUCUAGAAGAGACGCCAGAUCUCCUGCGAGUCAAGAAUGCUGGACAGGUUCUCAGUGAGAAAGAGUAUCGUAAGGAUUUGAAAAAGGAGAUCAUAGGGAAGGGCAUGGAUAUCAGCAGUGAUACAAUGGAGAUGCAGAGGGCUAAGAAGGCAUCAGAAUUGACCAGCCAGAAGAAGUAUAAGGAUUAUGCAGAGAAGCUGAAGUGUUCGUAUGCUGUGGUGCCAGACACACCUGACAUUGAGAGAGUCAAGACCAACCAGCGCAACAUCAGUUCAGUAAGGUACACUUGGAAUGCAAAGUUGAUGAAGGGACUGAUGUCAUCAGUCACUGAGACUCCAGAGAUUGUCUUGGCUAAAGAGAAUACCAAGAAGAUUAGCAAUGUUGAGUACAAAAAGAAGGUUGGCAGUGGGACUUCGGUGAACUACACUCCUGAAAUGGAAAGAGUGCAGAGGAACCAGAAGAACAUCAGCUCAGCAAAGUACCAUGAGGACUUUGAUUGGAUGCGUGGGAGGGGCUGUACUCCUGCACUGGAAAACCAAAACAUUCAUGCACUGGAAACAGAUCGAACAGCAGGCAUUGGUGUCGACCAAAAGGUGUGGAGGACAGAUCCAGACUCCAUAUUUGAUUUUGACCCUGUGGAGGACAAUAUUCAGUCUAAAAGCCUGCACAGAAUGUGUGAGCGAGCUACCCAUGUGACUAGGCAGCAGUCUGCACAUUUCAUACCUUCCUGUAUGCAGUCUGUGUGCAGCUCUUUGGUGUCUGAGCCAUGGGGUGAUGAAAGUGUCUACAGCAGCACACAGGACACAGCUAGCGCAGGUGAUAACCAGCCAAGUAGCCACUACCACUUCCAACAGCCACAUCAGCAUGGUUAUGUCCACAUUCACCAGACCAACAUAAAGGCUUCUCCUCACUGUGCCACUAUGAGUGUUUAUCGCGCUCUGUAUGAUUAUGCAGCCCAAGAUCAUGACGAAGUCUCCUUUCGGGAUGGUGAUGUCAUCAUCAACGUGCAGCUAAUCGAUGAGGGCUGGAUGUAUGGCACUGUCCAGAGAACAAGGAAGUCAGGCAUGCUCCCUGCUAAUUACGUGGAGUGCUUCAGCUGAAGUUGACUCUCAGAGUACUUCACAUCAGCAAGCCUGCUUCAGCAUUAGUGCUUAAAUUAUACUCUAAGAACAAUUAUUUU